AUGCAGCUCAUUGUCUUCAUGAUUAUGCUGCUCUUCAGCUUUGCGCUCGCCGCUCCGACUAUAACGACUUCACGCGGUGUGACGGAAACAGAAUACGAGCUUGUGGGCUCUCCUAUCAAGAUUUUAUUUGACUAUCUAGAAACUAACUCGAUCAUGGAAAAGCCCGAUGUGAGUGAGAUGAAGCAUGAAGCGAUGCUCAACGCGAUGUUGAGUGCUUACAAUGAACCUAAAAAGAGUGUUCUUGAUGUAAGUCACGAUCUCAAGUGA